AUGGCAUCAGAGACGACCAAGCCUGCCGACGCAGCUGCCGCCCCCGCUGACCAGAAGCAACAAGAGCCCACCAAGCCCACCGUCCUGGGCGAGGACGACGAGUUUGAGGAUUUCCCCGUCGAUGACUGGCCAGAGAACGAGACCGAAGCCGCUGCCCAGGCCGCCAGCGGAGGCGAGUCCUCCAAGCACCUCUGGGAGGAGAGCUGGGACGAUGACGACACGAGCGACGACUUCUCCGCGCAACUCAAGGAGGAGUUGAAAAAGGUUCAGGAGUCGAAAGGACGAUGA